AUGUACACAUGGAGAAUGCACUAUAAUGUAGACGGUGAACCACAAGCUGAACUGCGACAACCCGAUGGUACUGUAAUGACAGCGCUUCGAUUCAGAGGUCUAGAGUUCUUAAAAAAACAAACAGCAAAUUUUCUGCUUUUGAUAAAGUUAUUAUGCCGAGAAAUGCUGACUCCGUUACCAGCUGGGACGUCAGCUGCUCUUUGCCUGACAUACACUGACAGAGCUCCAGCGGGCUAUCAGGCCCCAAGUUUCCGCCCUUUACUCGAUUAUCCUGUUUUGCCGCCGGAUACGCAAUAUGUGGAACUAGCAAGAUUGCAAACCGAAUACCAUAGAGUCUCUGUCGUAGUGCGAAGCGUUUUCAUAGACGAUGGAUACGUUAUGAAACUAAGGCUUAAUGAGGAACUACGACUACAUAUUAAGGAUUACUCUGCAUUUACUCCAUUUGAGGAAGAGUCGGAUGAAGAUAAUAGAGACCAUCGAAAUGCAGCAUUACAACAGACUUGUGCAGCCGCGAUAGGACUUCUCCCGCCGUGGACUACACAAGGCGUUCGACAUCGUUACGGUGGUACCAAAGAACGAGGUCAACCUAUCCAUAAGAGCUCUGGAAGUUUCGUCGCCUCUGACUCACAUGGUACUCCGUCAGUCAGAAAAACACCGGGUGUGACAGACAUUGGAUGGGUAGGCUUAGCUACUUUGUACUCACUCCUGAAGAACUACCAGCUAAGAGAGGGAAAUGAAACAUUGGUCGUAGUUAAGCAGCAAUGGUUUGGUCUUGGAAGUUUCCGUUCUCUUCGUCGAGCACUUUUACUCACAGUUCAAAAUAUGUUUGGGAACGAGGAUCGAGCGUUGUAA